AUGACGACGACGUUUGCUUUGUUGGUAUCGUCCUCCUCCUCGGCAGCGACUGCAGUAUUUAAAAUCGGCGGCGGCAAAAAUAACAACAGUAACGUGCGUCGUCCUCGUAAUCAACACACAGAGCGAAGCCGCCAUUUGUCCCCAACACAAAGGAAAACGAGCACACGAGCGGCGAGUUUACCACCGAGUCGUUUCAACUUCACCUCGUCCAAUCAGAACAACAACAGCGAGUCCUCCUCCUCCUCUUCCUCCUAUCCGAAUGGUAACAGCCAUCGUUUGUCCGCGAUGGAAGAGGAAGGCUUCGCCGGGAAAUCCGCCUUCUUUGAGGAGGCUUUAUCCGAACAGGAGCGAACGAGGAGUCGAAUGUUCAACACGGAACCGCUGUCGAUGGUCACCCCAACUGCGAGACAGGAGAGCAACGGAUCGGCGAGCACGUCGUCGUUUACGUCGUCGUCGAAUAGUAAUAGCAGUAACGAGAUAGGGACGUUUUUCAAGCACGAACCGAGGGAGAAGUGGAAGAAGAAGAACAAGUUCCCGGUUUUGUUUUACUCGAAGGAGCACGAACCGCUGGCGAAGAAGAUCGCGGAGUUGGAGGAGUUUUCGGUGGAGUUGGGGACGAUUAACUGGGAGUCCUUUAACGACGGGUUCCCGGAUUUGUUCAUCAACGACGCGUACGAUAUUCGAGAUCGACACGUUGCGUUCUUGGCGAGUUUUCACAACCCGGAGGUGAUUUUCGAGCAGUUAUCGAUUAUUUAUUCUUUGCCAAAGAUGUUUGUGGCGAGUUUUACGUUGGUGUUACCUUUCUUCCCUACUGGAACUGCGGAAAGAGUCGCGGUGGAAGGCGAAGUGGCGACGGCGGUGACUUUAGCGCGCAUGCUGUCGUCCACGCCACCCAGUCGCGGCGGACCGACCAGCGCGGUUAUCUUUGACAUUCACGCGUUGCAAGAACGCUUCUAUUUCGGAGAUGCCAUCUUGCCGUGUUUUGAAAGCGGCAUUCCGAUGCUCUUAAAGCGAUUACAGAAAUUAGAAGACGCGCAGAACGUCGUCAUCGCGUACCCAGACGAAGGCGCCUAUAAACGCUUCCACUCGUUCUUCGAUCGCGCCGGGUACGAAUCCGUCGUCUGCACGAAAGUUCGACAAAAAGAAAAACGAAUCGUAAAAUUAAAAGAAGGCGAACCGGCUGGCCGUCACUGCGUCAUCGUGGACGAUCUCGUCCAAUCCGGUGGAACGUUAAUCGAGUGCCAAGCGUUGCUCCAAAAACUCGGCGCGACGAAAGUCUCCGCCUACGUCACCCACGGCGUUUUCCCGAACAAAAGCUGGAAACGCUUCACCAGCGAAGGCGCCGGGGGGCAAGGAUUUUCCAACUUUUGGAUCACGGAUAGCUGCCCGAUGACCGUCAAAGACGUGGAAGGUUUGAAACCCUUCGAGGUAUUAUCUUUAGCACGGAGGAUUGCGAAAGCUUUGCAAAUCUAA